UUAACCCUCCCACUUUUACUUUAGUUUAAAUUUUAGGCAUUAUUCUUUUUUUUUUGCAGAAUAAAGAGACACUAAUGGUAACUCUUCGAGCCGACGAAAUUAGUAAUAUUAUCCGUGAACGUAUCGAACAAUAUAAUAUAGGAGUAAAGAUUGUGAAUACCGGUACCGUACUUCAAGUAGGGGAUGGUAUUGCUCGUAUUCAUGGUCUUGAUGAAGUGAUGGCAGGCGAAUUAGUAGAAUUUGAAGAGGGUACAGUAGGCAUUGCUCUGAAUUUGGAAUCAAAUAAUGUUGGCGUUGUAUUAAUGGGCGAUGGUUUGAUGAUACAAGAGGGAAGUUCUGUCAAAGCAACAGGAAGAAUUGCCCAGAUACCUGUGAGUGAGGCUUAUUUGGGUCGUGUUAUAAAUGCUCUGGCUAAACCUAUUGAUGGGAGGGGAGAAAUUUCAGCUUCCGAAUCUCGCUUAAUUGAAUCUCCUGCCCCAGGUAUUAUUUCGAGACGCUCCGUAUAUGAGCCUCUUCAAACAGGGCUUAUUGCUAUUGAUGCUAUGAUCCCUAUAGGACGUGGUCAACGAGAAUUAAUUAUUGGAGAUAGACAGACCGGCAAAACAGCAGUAGCCACAGAUACGAUUCUCAAUCAAAAGGGACAAAAUGUAAUAUGUGUUUAUGUAGCUAUUGGUCAAAAAGCAUCUUCUGUGGCUCAGGUAGUGACUACCUUCCAGGAGCGAGGGGCGAUGGAAUACACUAUUGUGGUAGCCGAAACAGCAGAUUCACCCGCUACAUUACAAUAUCUCGCACCUUAUACAGGAGCGGCUCUAGCUGAAUAUUUUAUGCACCGUGAGCAACAUACUUGAAUAAUUUAUGAUGAUUUCUCCAAAC